CGCAUGCGUCCUGGCUCACCACCAAGAUCAACCGAAAAGAAGAGGAUGGCGGAGGAUGGGAGGGAUGAGUCGCUGGCCACUGACGACGAGUCGGACCACACAGCUGCAGACGGGAGCACCAGCCUGAACAACACGAUGCUGGAGGAGGGCUCCACGCUCCUGCGCAGAAUGGAGAUCUGCGUUGCUGAAGCUGAGAAGAGGAAUGGCAAAAACACCGUGAACAUGCAGGAGACGUUCACUGUGUACCUCGUCGAAACACGGCCGAUGGAUGCAGUUGCCGAAGGUCGCAACCAGGCCCCGGACUCCCUGUGGAGGAGAUACAGUGAAUUUGAGCUGCUGCGGAACUACUUGUUAGUUACCUAUCCAUACAUCGUGGUGCCCCCUCUGCCUGAGAAGAGGGCAGAGUUUGUGUGGCACAAGCUGUCGGCAGACAAUAUGGACCCAGACUUUGUGGAGCGUCGCCGGGUGGGACUGGAGAACUUCCUGCUUCGCGUGGCAUCACACCCAGUCCUCUCUAAUGACAAAAUCCUUCACCACUUCCUCAUUGAGGAACACGGCUGGAAGGAAGUGGUGUAUGAGACAGGAUUUCAGGCAAAGGCAGAUUCCAGGCUUAGAGCUCUCAGUGCCACCUUCAGGGUGAGAAAUCCAGAUAAGCGCUUCAUGGAGAUGAAGCACUACAGCGAUGAGCUGCAGUCCCACACAUCUCAGCUGCUCCGAGCACGAGCAAGGGUGGCAGACCGUCUCUACGGUGUUUACAAGGUCCACGGGAACUAUGGAAGAGUCUUCAGUGAGUGGAGCGCCAUGGAGAAAGAGAUGGGAGAUGGACUGCAGAGUGCCGGUCAUCACAUGGAUGCAUAUGCAGCCUCAAUAGAUGACAUCUUAGAAGAGGAGGAACAUUACGCAGACCAACUGAAAGAAUAUCUCUUCUAUGCCGAAGCUCUGCGGGCGGUGUGCAGGAAACACGAGCUGACCCAGUUUGAGUUUGAGAUGGCCUCCCAGGAACUCGUUUCCAAGAAGCAGCAACACGAGGAGCUAUCUACCGGGAUUGUGCGGACGUUCUCCUUCAAAGGCAUGACCAACAAGCUUUUUGGCCAAGAGGCCCCUGAGCAGAGGGAGGCCAGGCUGAAGCUGCUGGAGGAUCUGAUUGCAGAGGGGGAAGAGGACGUCCAGGAGAAGACUGUUGAGUGUGGAGAGCACGUUGAAAGGGCGUGGGUGGACAUGCAUCGCUUCAAGGAGCAGAAGGACAAAGAUCUGCGAGAAGCGCUCAUCAACUAUGCCGUCAUGCAAAUCAGCAUGUGCAAAAAGGGAAUACAAAUGUGGAGCAAUGCCAAAGAAUGUUUCCUCAAGAUGUAAAAUUGAAGCCAUAUCCCGAGGAUUUCCCCCCUCAGUGAUGCUCAGUUGUGAAUGCUGGGAAAUGAUGCCAAUGUCUGCUGGUUGAGGUUUGAAAACCACAGUAAAGUAACAACAUUGCAUAUAAAGAUAUUGUAGUUUCAAGUACCCCAAAGAAAGUACGGAUUUACAUUCACUGUUAAAGGGACAGUUGACCCCAAAAUUAAAAAUACAUUUAUGUUCCUCUUACCUGUAGUGCUAUUUAUCAAUUGAGAUAGUUUUGGUGUGAGUGGCUGAGGGAAGGCAGAGAUGUAUUCAGUGCCAUCUAGUUCUAUUAUACUGAAGAGAAGGCAGGCCGAUGUCUCCAACAUUCAACUGCAACUCACACCAAAGAAAUGUCGAUUGAUAAAUAGAACGACAGGUGGAAGGAACAUCGUUUGGUUUGGGAAUGAACCUUUAAUCUUGUGUGGAGUGAAACAGCUCAGGGAGGUGGUGGAUCACACAAAGCACAUGACUAGGACACUGGAGACCAGCAAUAUUUAGACCAUUUUCUCUCUCCAACAAUUCUACAUGUUAAAGUCAAGUAACAAGUCUUGGGAUUAGUAAAGUCACUUUGACAGACGUGAGACAUUUUAGGAGCUUGAACCCUUCAAGGAACUAAGAGUCUGCAGUCAUUUUGACCAUUGUAUUUUUUAUAUUCUGUUUCUUCUCGGUCUCCCAACUUUAUUGAUAUGCAGUUCAAAGUAGCUCGAGUGCCCAGAGUGUACUGAGACUCCAAAAUAUCAAACAUGUUUGAACUCAUGAAGUCGGCCCUCUUCAGGAGGUUCAAGACUGGAUCACCAACAUCACCUGAUAAUGUGGGGAACAUUGAGUUCUAUCAGGUGAUGCAGCGCCAUCCCCACAAUGUCAAGGGACAAGAUGCCUCUUCUUUUGUUCUCCUUCUACCCCUUUGACAAUGUUCAUGCAGUCUUGACUAAUAAUGCUGGUGAAUCCAUUGUUUCUUGGUGAGCUCUUUGUGACACCAGUAAACAUAAAUACUCUCAUCAGGUUCAGUGAAGUGCAGCAUGGCCUGCUGUCAGUCACAAGGAAGUCUCCAUGUGGGUCCAUCCUGUCUAAUGAAAUGCCUGCAGUCUAUUGGACUUCAUGUUUACUGGUGAUGGACCAGAACUAAAAUGCAGCAAUGAAUUGAAUGUAUGAGCAGAGCCACACGUGUGAAAGUGACUUACGCUGCCUCAAUAUUCAUGUCAAGGCACCCAGGAGGGGAUAUUGCGGUGAAUGCAAAUUAAAUUAUGAUUUUUUAAAAAAAAAACAUCUAAGUUGCAUCACAUUUCCUCCACCUCCCCCUGCCGUGAGCUGCUCGCUGACCGAUCUAUCAGAGUUAGGAGGCUACGAGACGUCAGUUCCCUGUGGACUUAACCCUGGGGUCCAGUAAGCUGCACAUAAGAGUCAAGAUCCUCAGUCUGAGAUUUAAUUCACUUCACUUUCAUGUGUUGCCCCGUCUAACAUGCUCCGCCUGUUUCUAGAACAUUUGAUUUCCUGUUUGAGGCUCGCUAGCAAUAAGCUUUGUGUGUGCAUUCAUGAAGAUGUCAUAACUCCAUUUGUUCAUUCCCUUUUAUGUUUCAUAUUUGAAUACUCAUUGGAUGUGUUGCUCUAUUUAUUUGAAUAAAAAUGUUUCUCACCACACAA